UAAGAUAGAAGUAAUAAGGAAUAGGUAUUAUUUUCCGAUAGAAAUCUGUAGUAAGGAGAAUAGAAAAAUGGCAGCAGCAGAAGGGGUGAGUCUGAACCAUAUAUCUCGAGAGUCUUCCGACAUAACACGUCUAGCCAAAUUCUACCAACAGUUGUUUGGGUUUGAGGAAGUGGAGAGUCCCAAGUUCGGAGAAUUCAAGGUUAUAUGGCUACGCCUUCCAUCUUCUUCCUUAUAUCUCCAUCUCAUUGAACGCAACCCUUCCAACAAUCUCCCUGAGGGUCCAUCAAGUGCCACCUCUCCCGUUAAAGACCCUUCCCAUCUCCCCAGAGGCCAUCAUCUCUGUUUCUCACUCUCCAAUUUUCAAUCCUUUCUCCAUACUCUCAAGGAGAUGGGUAUUGAGACUUUUGAGAAAUCCCUGCCUAAUGGAAAGAUCAAACAAGUUUUCUUCUUUGACCCUGAUGGUAAUGGCUUGGAGGUUGCAAGCAGUGAAGACUCCUAGUUUAGUUUGAUGUGUGUGCAUGUGUAUUCUGUAACUAUAAUAAAUAAUGCACCUUAUAAACAUUUUAGGACACUAAAUAAAUCUUACAAAAACAUUUCCUCUACAUCCAGUUGUGAUUUCUGUGACCAACUCUAUCAUCAGCCUACAGACUAAUUAAUCUCGUUCUGCCAUGUUUGUUCUUGAUUAGUUUUGUUUCCAUUUUCCAGCUAAUCUUAAAAUGUAGCUUGAUUUUGAUUGAUGAUGGAUGA